AAGGAAGGCUGUUCUUCUCUGGGAUCAGCUCUGAAGUCAAACCCCUCCACUCUGAGAAAACUGGAUCUGAGUGGAAACCAGCUGCAGGAUUCAGGAGUGAAGCUGCUGAGUGGUUUUCUGGAGAGUCCACAUUGUAGUCUGGAGACUCUGAGUCUGUCAUGGUGUAAGAUCUCAAAGGAAGGCUGUUCUUCUCUGGGAUCAGCUCUGAAGUCAAACCCCUCCAGUCUGAGAGAACUGGAUCUGAGUGUAAACCAGCUGCAGGAUUCAGGAGUGAAGCUGCUGAGUGGUUUUCUGGAGAGUCCACAUUGUAGUCUGGAGACUCUGAGUCUGUCAUGCUGUGAGAUCUCAGAUGAAGGCUGUUCUUCUCUGGGAUCAGCUCUGAAGUCAAACCCCUCCAGUCUGAGAGAACUGGAUCUGAGUGUAAACCAGCUGCAGGAUUCAGAC